ACACACAUCCAGAUCAAUGAGAGAGAGAGAGAGAGCGAGAGAGAGAGACGGCCUCUCUCUUCCAGGAAGGGAUUAUUAACCAGCACGCUGCCGACAUCUGAAGGGAAAACACACGCAGACAAAAGAAGUUUUCACUCCGCGCUAUGAGCCCGACCAGCAGAUAAAUUAAGACAAAGCAACAACAACAACAACAACACGGCUACAUGAGAAAGAGAACUUCUCCAACAACAAGCCGAGCAGUCGGGCUGCCGCUUCUGCCGCUGCUGCGUGGGUUUCUAUAGGGAGGGAAAAAAAGCAGAUAAAGAAGAAGAAGAAGAAGAGAAGAAGGACAGCGGAAAAGUGGAAGGACAAGGAGAGAAGAAGUUGACGGGAGAUAAUGUCUGAAUCCUCCUCCUCCGCUGCGUACAAGGUAACACAGCCUGCUCGUUUUCUGCUCUUUUGUUUACCUCUACUUUCUCUCUCUCUUUCUCUCUCUGUGUUUACUGUGAUAUUCCUCUCCGCUCGCGCAGACAUGGGAAGCUCACGAGCACGACGGGCUCGAGCGCCAUUCAGUUUGUUUUGCUAGUCAUCUGUUGCUCGCGGGCUCCACGCUUAAUAGUUCGCCUCCACUUCACUGCUGCUGCCGCCGCCGCUGAUGGGAAGAAGUCGUGACUGUCUGUGACACGCAAAACGUUUGAUUUACCACCCACCCUUAAAAAAGUGAAAAUGCCGGUGGGCGAACCUGUUGUACCGUGCACAUAAACACUGUCAUAAACGUGAGUACUUAAAGGAAUGUCGAUAUAAAAACAUUUAAGAGGGGUCUCCUUCAGAUGAAAGGUAAAGAGCAGCUAGAGCGGUUGACCGAUAAACCAUAUAAAAUAUAACCAGUCAAACUGUUCACAUCCAACUAAAGUCAUAUAUCAUUGAAGGAAUAAUAAGGGAAAAAAUCGUGCUUAAAUUAGAUGACACUUUUAUUUUAGUCAUAAUUUAUUGCAGAUAGUGGCGUUUUGACUCUAAAAACCAACGCACUGGUCGAUUAACCGAGUAAGAAUCGAUCGACCAAGACAGCUGUUCGUCUCAGCAGUACCUCAUUAAGUUUUCAGGCAAUAUUUGAUGAAACACUUUAGUACUUUAAUUGAACAUUAAAUAAAAAACUAUUCAUAUAUAAAAUAAGUCUACACAGUUGAUGUGCUUCAUGAGGACAUAUCACCGCAGGUAAAAGGGCUGCUGAAUAAAUCACAAUUUUGUUUUUUCUCGCAAGACAAAGACCCUUAAAACACACCCACCCUUAAAAAAGUGUAAAAGCCGGUGGGCGAACCUGUUGUAUCCUGCACAUAAACACUGUAAUAAAUGUGAGUACUUCAAGAAACGUUGAUAAAUAAAACAUUUAAGAGGAUUCUCCUUCAGUCACAACACCGCAGAAAAGGUAAAGAGCAACUGGAGCUGUUAAAUUCACUGUUGAAUUGGCCGAUAAAUCAUAUGAGAUAUAACCAGUCUAACUGUGCACAUCCAACUAUAGUUAUACAUUAUUGCAGGAUUAAUAAAGAAAAUAAAUCAUGCUCAGAAAAGAUUGUUCUUUGCUAAAGUCAGCUUAACUUAGAUGACACUUUUUUUUAUUUUAGUCAAAAAAUCUUAUGCAGAUAGUGGCGUCUUUUGUAUUUGCUUUUGACUUUAAAGACCAACCCACUGGUCGGUUAAUCAAGUAAGAAUCGGUCGACCAAGAGAGCUGUUCGUCUCAGCAGUACCUCUUUAAGUUUUCAGGCAAUAUUUGAUGAUACACUUUGUUACCUGAAUUAAACACUUAAUCAAAAACUAUUCUUAUAUAUAAAAAGUCGAUACAGUCUGUGUGCUUCAUGAGGAUAUAUCACCACAGGUAUUAGGGCUGCUGAAUAAAUCACAAUUUUGUUUUUUCUCGCAAGACAAAGAGAUGCAAAAGUCCAAGUUAAUUGUAAUGACAAGGGGCAACAAUUUAGCUUUGAUAUAAUUGCCUUCAGUCUCAUUAUUUAUUAAGUUUUCCCUUCUGUCAGGUGAAGUGAUGUUGUAGUGAAAAUGUUUUUUGAUUAAUUUUGGGUUAAGCAUAAAUAUGUUGUGGAAAACAUCACCAUAGCAGCAAACAGACAUCAAGAAGUGGGUAACCACUCACCCUGUGUCCAAGUAGCUGCUUGUUACUAGUUGGUGCUGUACUUGUGGUCACUUCGCCAAUUCAAACACUCACAUAUGACUGAUGACAUCUCGUGGUACGGCAGAGUUUGGCAGUAUCAGAGAUAAAGUUGUAUGUAGGCUGUUUCAGGUUAAAACCGCGCAGCCUUCAAGGCACGACAAGUACAGGCAUGUGGACAGUGAGGACAUUUACAAACACUUAAAGAAAUCAUUUUAUUGCAAUAAUGAAAUCAUACUUCUGAUAGUCGGGAUAAUGUACCUGGAUAAUGCGGUUUGAGAUUAAUUUUCUCUUGAUCAGAGAGAAACUGGUCUUAGUGUUCUCCGUAUGCUUCCGGGGGUAGUACAACGGGGUCAGCGGUGGUGGUUAAGAAGCAUGGAUGGGUUGCCAGGAAGCAAGUAGUAAACAAAACUUGGACAGUAAAAGAAAGGACGUAAACAACUUUCUUUACAAACGGCACAGAGCUGUAAAAGUCCUAUCCUGUAGCCUCUUGCUAACUUUUUAAAAAACAUUUGGUUAUUCAUUUUAAACGAAACAAAAAUAGACAGAGAAUUUAAGUUCCUAAUAGAUGAUUAAAGACAAACCUGAUCAGUACAUCUCACUCUGACGACCACGAGAUGAGACUAACCAGAUAGUUGUGCAGAAAUUCAACAUAACUCACUCUUUAUAGUCUACGGAAAGCCAAUUUUGAGGUGUUGUUUUAGGACUCCUCUUUGAGGUUGUUUUGAGCACUUGCUUGUAUGAAUUUUAAAAUCUUAUAUGGAAACAAACAGGCGUUUAUUGCGGGUAGUCGGACCCAAGUGCAAACAUCAAAGAAAAAUUAUUUCAGAAGUGAAGAUUGGCCUGAAAUAACUGAAAAUCAUCCCGUCUGUUCAGAGGCAGAGGUGAAAUAUGGUGUUUUGUUUGUGAGAGAUGUGUAGUCAUUACUGAGUCUGAUGUCACCGCACGAUUGCAGUUGCAUGCAGCAGAACGGGCCGCCCUUCACCAUAAGAAGUUUCCCACCACAGCUGUCAGUGGACGGGACUGCAGCCCACUCCUGUCUCAAAUCCCCCUGCGCUCUCUUGCAGCAUCCGUAUCACAAGCUGGUCCGUGUAGCCCCAGAUGUAUUAGAACUUACCUGACCCUUUUUUUUAGCAGACGUAAAGAGAGGCCGCCGAACCUUAGAGGAGGAAAUAAAAGACUCAGAGAUUAUUGCUCGGCUUCCACAGGAAAUUCCUGGUGCAUACAGUUGGCGUGCAGGUCUCAUAGAGGCUGGGUGGUGAAACUAGGGGGAGAAACAGCUAAAAUGAAGCUUCAUUUCCUCAAGAAACUGAAGCAUUUACAGGAAAGGAAACCAGUCAACAGAGCACGGCCGCAAACUGGAAAACCUCAUACCUUAGUCUAAACUUGGUACUCGUGCUGUACAGUAGCAGAGAGUCCUAGAUCUCAGUAUUGAGGAGACAUCAUCUUAAACAGUUUUCAUGAUGAAACUUUUCAAAACGAGUCAAUAGUUUGGACUAGCACAAUAGAUAUACAUAUUGUCAAUCAGAUUCAUGUUGGAAAGAACAGAAAUUUUCAUGACAGGUCGAAACCAGGAAAUGUUUAGUCUUUCUUGUGCUUGGUCUGACUGCAUACCGAAACAGCAGGAGAGUUAUUCUGAGGUGACUUUAAUUACUCAUCGAUAUUCAGUCAUCCCCAGUUAAUGUGACUGCAUUUACAUGUUAAAGCGGGGUGCACACAUGAGGAUUUUUUAAAUCUAAAGAGACUUUUUAUCUGUUAUAGACCCCACACAUGAAGAUCAAAAAUCAGGCAUUGAACAGUUUUGAUCGUACUCAGUGUGGUGUGCUCCGAUAAUCUCAACACAGCACACCACACACAAAACGAUUCUGUUCCACCACAGAAAUCUCGCGAGAUAAAACGUGAUCUAACAGAAACGAAGAAACAUAUCAACAACCGGGAACACAAGACGCAACAUGGAAGACGACACACAAGAGGAGGGAAUGAUGGUGGUUUUGGGAGUAUUUUUGACAGAAAAAUCCCUUACUCCUGUACGCCAUGCUUUAUUUUUAUUCACGUUAUUUGGUUCCUUGUUCCUCAGUCAGCUCGCUUCUUGAUUGGCUACAUUCUGUUUCACGGAGUCAUGACUCAGGAGUCGUCGGCUUUCCCCACACACGUGAAGAUUUUUGGUCGUAAUAUUGAACAAGUUUAAUAUUUACGAUAGUCGGCCCCGACCCGUUUCGGAUCCAAUCAUUGGAACAAAUUCACUCUUAAUACACCUCAGACCACAGGAUUAUCUUGUUGGAUAAUCUUGGAAGGCAUAAGAUAAUCUUCUGAUUGUCGUCCUUGGUCGGGAGGGGGAAAAAUCGGGACAAAAACAGCCCGAUCAUCUUUAUGUGUGUACCCCGCUUUAGAGUAGAGUUUGGUAUUGGAAAUGAAAGGAUUGUCCCAUUUGACAGGUUUUGAUGAUAUCUUUUUAAAAAGACAAUGCUGAGUUUGUGCAUAAAUUAAGCUUAGGGUAGUACCUUGAGUUCAUGUUCAUGGUGGUCCUUUACAGCGGCCGCCAUGUCUUCAAACCUAGGUGAGAUGAAGAAGAAGCUGAUAGUAAGCUAGCUGUAGCAGCACACAGAGAGAUGAUAAGACACCCUGAAAGCUGAUGUUAGAGCUUUUGUCUCAUUAGGUAAUUAUUUUCUUUCUAACUUUGCAUCCAGUUCUUGCACCUAUGAUCUAGUGCAGAAAAGCAUAUUUUCCAAUGCAGGAAACAAAACAACGUGAAUGCAAGAUGUGUCGUUUUUAACAGCAGAAUGAUGUGAUCUGUAGUGAUAUUUUAGACCUUGCUUAAAAUUCACGACUCAGGAAAGUUUUGAUUGACUAUUUUUGUGCUGAGAGUGAGGCAUUCAUGCAAACCAUUAUGAAAAAUUUGAUUAGUUCAUUACCAAUACUUAACGAGAUGUCUCAUUCACUCAGCGGAAAUGUCUUAAUUUGCAGGUUCAAGCGUAACCGAAUCUGUUUUCAGUCAUUCUUGUCAAUUUUCCAUUAUUCCUCCUGAACCGUUGUUCCUACCAUUUAAAGACAUCAAAUCGAACGCGUGACUAAUGCGGCAUAUUUUUCCAGAGGGAAUGAUUGGAAAUGGGUUACACUGUGAUGUUUCUGCGCCGCUAAUUCAUCAUGACAACACUGUGAAAGCCACCUUUGCAAACAUAGCCUUGGUUAGUUAUGAGGUUACUGCACUGCGAAACAACAAUGUGCCGAUGUGAAGCAUGUGCGGCAUUCGGGAUAUUUGCAUCUCCAGAAUGUGUCUUCCCGGCAUGUCAGGCCUGUUUAUUAGAAGCACAUACUCCCCUGUGUACAAAGAUGAAGCCGAGCCUCGCUGCUGCUGUGAGUGCAUGUUGAGGUGAGAGGAGUUGGCGUGGGGCUGUUUGGGUUCAGGGCCGGUGCAUCGUGGAGCUUUGUGAGCCAUGCUUUGUGUCUCUGUGUCUAUUCAUAGCAGGAGAGGAGUUUUUUCAGUCCUUCCGCGAACCCGCUGCCAAACUCCACUUCCUCCCCCGUCCAUGCUCCCGCCGCGAGGCCAGCCAGCCGAAUGAAGGACGAGCCUGCCAGGCUGCCUGCGCACCUGCGUGAGUCACACACACUCUAACACACUCACACACACACACCCAGAUGAGCAGCGACUCUGACACACUGAUCAGCUGGUCAGUUUAACAGGCUCAUUUUUGCCAGGUUAUUCAAUAUCUGUCUUUUCCAUUUGAUUAUCUUCGAAGUUGGAUUUGAACUGAGAUCUGCUGUCAAUCAAACGCUUUGGGCGGGACUCUGAUAUCCCCCUUUAGACCCAGUUUGAGCUCCUGCAGGUGCCAUUAUCAUAAUCAGUGUCAUGCAUAAAUAAAAACGAUGCUUUAAUAGUUAACAUCCUUCACAUCCAAUUAUGACAACACCCACCACAUUAUUGCUGCAUGAGUGCCGGUCCCUCUCACAAUAGACCUCUCAGCUGGGAGGCGUUGAGGCAGAUCUGGGGUCAGACACCUGAACCGUACACGCUUCCACUGGACCAGAACUGACAGAGCUACUGCACUGGAAUAACCAAGAGUUAGUCUGGAGGCAGGUACAGAUAAUGUGGAGUUUGGUGGACACACGGGGGGCAAAAUGAGACGCAGGGAAACAAAACUUAUUGCUCACAACUUUGAGAACCGAAACUAACAGGAUUAGCUGAUUAAUUUGUCUCAAGGAUCAUGUUUGCGUUGAGCCCGUUUCGAUACACAAGACGCUUUCUUUUCAUUUCUUCUAUUAAGAGGUGGUCUUGACGCACACAACGGCAAGAUGAUUCAGUCCCGGCUUCUCACUGCAUCAGGAAUAAUUGAAUGGGAUAAAAUUAGGUCCGAAUUGCUUCCGACAUCAAAGAUUUUGUUAUUGAUUUGAAAGGUUGGUUUCCCAGUGAUUGCCACUCUCCCACUGAGGGGAAACUGAGGCGGUCAGGACGUUGUAAAUUGGAUUAGGAGUGGGGUUUGUCGUCCGUCAUCAAAUGUGUCAUUGACAGAGCUCCAAGAUCAAGAAACUCUUACUUUUUACCGUAGAAAGAAAGUGCAGUGUUGCUGCAUUCCUGCUCUUAGUGCUGAUGCACUUUGGUGGCUGCGGUUAUGAAGCCCAGAGAUGACGGUCACCAUAAUAAAAACGCUAACUUCCGUUUAAUUAAACCAGCAAAGAGGUGGAGCUGAGGCCACGAGCCUUUGCCGUCUGGCACACACCUACACACCUCCCUGUCAGUCAGAUUACCCACACCCUCCAUCAUGGCUAAUUAUGCAUAACAAACAGCUUUAACAUAAUAGAAACAGAUGUGCUACAAAAAAUCAUCCGCAAGACGAAUGAGAUAUUGACACCAAAACAGGGAGUGGAUGUGUGCUUUGGUUUUGGAUUUGUAGAUCACGUCAUGUUACCAAACCUUCUUCAAUAGAGCGAUGGAGCAGAAGACAAACCAUAGAAACGUUUGUUCCUUCAAGGGUGCUUAAAGGGCCCUUUUGUCCUCUAUCAAAAUAAAAGCAUCUCAAUUAACAAAACUAAAAAUAAAGAAGCCAAGGCAUGAGGCAGUGAAAAUGGCGAUGUUAUAAUCUGGCAGACGUGUCCUCUGUCCUUUCUAAUUAAAAUGAAAAAUAAAAUAACCUAAGCAUAAGGCAGAGGCGUCUGUUGUCCUUUCAAAAUAAAAGCAUGUUUAAAAUCAGUAAAAUUGGCAAUAUUUUGAUUGAUCAGAGGCGCCUUCUAUCCUUUCAACACAAAAGUAUAUUUGUUGAAAAAAUGAAAAAUAAAGUUGCCAAAGCACAAGGCAGUAAAUAACAGCACAAUUACAUAUAGCAGAAGUGCUUCUUGUGUUCCUUCAAAAUAAAGCCAUGUUUAUAAUAAAAUAGGUAAAAGGGUCACUUUGGCAUAAAGCUGUAAAAGGGGCCAAAUAUGAAAUAAAAGCAUAAAAUGGCAAAAAAAAAAGUAACUUUGACAUAAGGCUGUAAAAAAAAGCAAAAUUAAAACACACCAACUCUUUUCCAAAGCUUGAGAAUACACUGUUUUUUUUUUUUAAACAGCCACAGCAGAACUCUAUUCUAACACGAGUCAAGUGUUCUGUUGUAUCCCUAACUCUUCAUUUCCCACGGGGUGUUUUAGAAGUUGGAACAUUGUUUGCUAAAGAGAGACAAAGUUUUAUUUGUUGUACGCAUAAAGCGAGAAAGCAAUGGGAGAAUCUCAUCUUCAGGUUGGUGAGGGAAACGCAUUUUGUGUGACUUUUAGACCUCAAGGAUAGACAGAAAAGGUAAACCUAAAUGUAAGAACAAGUGUUUUGUGUUCACAAAAAAACAUACUCACUGAAGGCGAAUCAAAGAAAAUGCUGCGGUAUACGUAGAAAUACGUAUCUAUAUUUAUAUUUGAUAUUUCUUUUUUCGUCUUUAUCUUUCUAUUUUAUUCUUAUACAUACAUUUUAUUUGACUGUUCUGUAGAAUUCUUGUCUUGUAUAUAAAGUACCUUCUUUCUUAUGACUAUUUGUACUUUUACUACCUUAUUUUUACUUGUCUAUUGCACUGGAAAAGGAGAAGCUCUCUAAUCCGGUUGUAAUUUUAGUAUGAUGAUAAUAAAGGACAUUCUGAUUCAUCUCACACACAGAUGCGCCGCGUUCAAUCGCAUCGGAACGCCUAUGGUGCAUUCAUAUGCAAGCAUAUGAAAACUCAACGUAAAACACAAUAUAACUGAACGGUAUUUACUUAAAAACACCUGAACAACAUGAGCUUUCUAACAGGCAUUGUGCCAUGUCUCUAACGCAAUGCCUUACGACAAAACAUCAAAGAGAAACAGAUGCAGUAGCUUAUUGUAUUGCAAAAGAUAUGCGACAAUAAGCAUUGUUAAAUUUUAUUUUUUAUACCCUGAUAUAUAUCGAUAUUGACUGAUAGGAAAAAACAUAUUGUGAUAAACUUUUUCCUAUAUCGCCCAGCCCUAACACAAGCUAACUGGUAGAAGAACUGUUUCCGUUUAUUGGCUACUCAAAUCAAAUCCAACAUGAACCAGGGGUACGACAGCGACAACUUGUGCACUAUUUUUUUAAUGCAGACCCAGGAAAACCAACCAUAGGCUCUGGAUUAGACUACCUGGAAUGUCAGGUGUACGUUGACCCGGGAGAGAAAGCAAAGUGAGAAGCGAAAAGUCUGCAGGUGAGGCAGAAGAGGAUAUAGGUGUGAGGAAAUGAAAUGAAGCAACACUGUGACAUUCACAAGCCUUCGGGGCUUUGGCUCAGUAUUGCUGAACCAAUCAUAAAACAGGUGGGGCUGGAGCGGUGCCAAAAGAUAUGCUCUACGUUCAAAGAGUAAUCCUGAGCUGCUUUGUCCGUAUGCCCGUCAAUAUUUAACCCGUUUAUUUAUUUUUCUUGCAAGUGUGAAGUUCAGGGCUUUUGUGUGGGCGCUAGGCCGGGUGGCUGCACAGGCCAUGAGGCUGGGUGAGACACAGGAAACUCCCUCAACCCACUUCCUCUUUUGCAUUGUUGCAGAAAAAGGAAGAACGCUCAACAGGUCCGCGUUCAGUUUCCUGUCGCGCUAACUGAUGGGUCAGUUCACGUCCGCAGAGAUGUGGAAGUCCUCUUUUUGUUUUAAUCAGAUUUCAAACACAGUUCCUCACACAGACGGGAGUGUCACACAUCUGCAGGUCAGGAAAAUGUCUCUCUCUCUUUCCUCUCAAGUGUUCACUUCGUGGAGUCCUCUCUCCUGACAGACAGCUACAUGUCUUUGUCACAUGCAAUCUAAACACCUCCACUCGUCCUUUCUCCUCUGCCUAUAUAAACACACGUGCUGGAAAACAAGCCGUCCAUUAACCCCCACACUCAGAGGGAGUUCUGUCCUGAGGGGGGAGAGGGAAGGAAGAGAGCAGGAGGAGGAGGAGGAGGAGGAGGGGCGGGAAAGGGGGAAGGGAGGAGGAGGAGGAGGAGAGGGAGGAGGGGAGGGGAAAAAAGACAGAAAGAAAAAGAAUGAGGGAGGAAAUUGCAGUGUGGGCAGAAAUCCGCCUUCUCCAUUUCCUGAGGAGGAAGUGGAUUAGAUCGGGGAGAGUUGCAGCCUGCUCCUCACUCUAAAGAAUGCUACCAGGCUCGCUUUUAACCCUCUUUACCAGACACCGCACAAAACCUCAUCUUUUGAAGUUACUCAGAAACAGACUCUCCUUUUAUUCCCCUCAAAUCUUCUGCUCUUACUUUCUUUGUUUGUUCCUUCUUAUCAUCCUUGUGGUGUUUUUCAAUCGCUGCAGGUUUUUUAUGGCUCAUUUCUCACGUGGUUUUUUGCAUUUAUUUACAGAGAGUAAAUAAACCGAAGACAAUUAAGGACCUAUGCAAGUUUGUACGAAUCAAUAUAGGAUGUCAAGAUGAAAAGUGCAGACUGUACAAAGUAGGGCAAAUUCAGUUUAUAGAGUAUACAGUGUGUAGAGUGAAGUUAAAUGAGAAAUCAAUCAAUCAGUCAAUCAAUCAGAACCAGACUCAUGUUAGACAGUCAUCUGCUGAGACUGCACUGGGUUUAGAGAGGGGAUAGAAGGAGCUGCAGAAAGAGAGAGAGAUGGACAGAGGUGAGGUUGAUGCAUGUAGUUGAAGCAGCUGGAAAAAAAGUGACAAAGGCAGCGAAACAUCUGCAGCAGCGAUCCAGAGGAACCUACAGCAUGAUGGAGCUCAGGGACUCCCAGAAAGUUCCCACUGCGCAAUGCGACGUCGAAAUGACGUCUAUUUAAGGUGUUUUUUCCACGAUAAGGUGCAAAUGUGGACGUCAUUUCAAUGUCUAAAAGAGGUCCAAUAAUGACAUCUAAAUCUUGGAUCCAUUUUGCACAUUGUGCCGACGUCUAGAUUUGGUCUUCAGAUGACGUCCAAAUUCUAAACGUCAGAGUGACGUCUAAAAGAGGUCCAAUUUAGACGUCAAAAUUUCUAACCUAUUUGUGUAAGAUGUGGUCUUCUACGGACCGACCCAAUACUGACUUGACCUGCACGUCUCUUCGACGUCCAAUGUUUGGUGGGUAGGGCUGGGCGAUGGACCCAAAAUUUACAGAUACCAAAAUUUACGAGAAUAACCACUGUCAUUGUGCCCAUGUCAAUAUAAUCGGUGUCAAAAAAAUCAAUAAAUAAAAGUUGGUUUUGGAUGUGUGUAGGUAGGCUAUGGUCUCAUGUCCCUUUUAAGAUGCUGUCCUACGUCAGAGACAUGACUCCACCCCAUCUAGUCCGUAACAAAGAGGGAAAGACAGGUGAGGAGAUGGAGGACGGUUCAAAAGUUGUAGCAGCUGAAGUAGAUGAAGUUAAUGUGGGAGGGGGUGAGCAGCUUGUUGAGUAGUUAUCGAGGUGAACUGCUCAAUAUAUCAUGAUAUUGAUUUAAGGCCAUAUCGCCCAGCCCUAAAAAGUCCCAGAAUGUGUUGCUGGAUCAAUAUGUUCGAGUGUUUUAAAAACCUCAAAGUUAAUGAUUAAGACCCAUAAUUGCAGAGACCCUCACUUUUGUCAUUCAGCAGUGUGUAAUUCAAAAGAACAGUGAUGGAAGUAAUAGGUAAAAAAAAAUAUGAAUUACCAGUAAAUGUUUCCCAGUAACUUCAAUUACAAAGACUGGGAAAGAGCUGAAAAUAUGUUAUUGAUUAUAACAACGAUGAGUCAAGACUGAAAUGUUGAAAAAACAAAAACAUAUCCUUGUAACAGGCUGAUUUAGUGGGGGGUCUAGUGUUAGUUUUGUGACUCAUCUGCAGUAAGUUUAGUAGGGUUGGUAGGCUUUCUGCAUCCAUGCAUCUCUCACUGUUUUACUGUUGAUUCCUGGUGCAUGUCAUGAAAAAACCAAAACCAUGUAUACUAGAAUUUUGUCCAGGAGGGUGGGUACCAGUGGAGCAGCUGAAGAAAAACUCAUUUUCAAACCAACCAUGCGUCAGUGCUUGUCGUGUUCAUAACAGUUUUUGCAACACAGAAAGAGUCCUCACAUAUGCUUCCUUGUGUAGUAUUUUUCAAUAUCAUAACAUACUAACCAGAUGCGUCUUCCAUGAAAGACGAGAGGCUUUUGCAGGAGAUGCAUCCGCCUCAAAAUCACCAGUUAACGGGGUCGCCCUAUGAAAAAAUGCAGAGUCUCCAUUUUGAAAUUUGAUGGACCGCAGAUAUUGCAGCCGUAAGCAUCAUAAAGUGACGUGUGCUUGAUUUCUCUCUGGUGCACAUGCUGGAUCUCUCCAUCAAAAACAUCUGGCUAUUUCAUACGUAUUUGUCCACCUGCUAAUGUCCUCUAUCCGCUUACUGAUAUUUCUUGGAUCCGGACGUCACUCAGUGACUGUGUAGGAGAAAGUAGUGAUCACUGAUGAUCAAACUCUUUGUUUAAAUUGAAAAACCAUUGAAGGAUGUCGUACUUCUGUUCCUGUAUAUGUACACAACAUUGUAAAAAGACAAGAAAUGAGUCUGAGGAGACAAAGGCGCAGUAUUUAAAAAGCUACUAAAUGACUUCAGUCACACGACCACGAUGUUUCAUUUGUUGUUUUGUUUCUCACACUCACUAAAAGUCCCGCUGACGCUGAACCGAUGAACUGGAUUUGUCGGGUUUUAUUUCGGUCACAAUCAAAGCAACGGUCGCUCGACAUGAAGCCCACGUACGCUAAGCAUGACGCAACGGAGAGCGAGUCAGUAAGACCAAAACACUGAAUUAUUCAAAGGCCAAAAAAGAGAAAGACGAGUGUUAUUUCACGGUAAACAGACAGGAAAUACAAAGAACAGUGGGUGCGAGAGUAGAAAUAUCCUAGAGGAUGAUUAAAAAAAAAAAAAAUGAUGUCCAUGGAAACAAGACUGGCUGGUUUCCUCGGUGUGUGUUUGUGUGUGUGUGCGCUCACAGCUGGGUUUGCAUGCUUGUAUGAGUGGGUGGAUGAGUGUGAGUGAAUCUUGUGUCUUUGUGCAGAGCUUGCCAGAGGUAUUGUAGGUGUGUGUGUACAGUAUAUGACUGCAGCCCCUCUCACCACAGCUUCUCUUUGUGUGUGUGUGUGUAUGGGGGGGGUUGUCAGAAGGUAUGUGUGUGUGUGUUAUUGCACGGUGUGUGUGUGUGUUUGGUCUUUCUGAGGGGAAAUUUCCUGCCCCUGGAAGCAGCUCUUGUCCUCAGGAAUUUCCUGAGUGGGCAGACGGCGCUUCCUGAAUAAAUGUUGUUGUUUUGUUGUGUGUGUGCGUGUGUGUGUGUGUGUGUGAGUGCGUGUGUAUGUGUGUGUGUGUUUUAACUGGCUCUCUUUUCUCUUCUGAAAGGGAAACUGUUCUCACAUGCCAGUGAGUGAGCUGAGCGCAGCCCCCUUCUCUUCCUGUUCGCGACACACUCCACAUGGUGUUUCUAACUCGAGACGGGGGGGGGACGCUUUCCUCUAAACAUCACAAUGAAUUCACGCUCAUUUUACUGACUUAUGGCAUGUUUAACUAGGAGAGUCAUAAAAGCAUUAAUCCUCAUCCUCUUGGUAAACAAAGGCUUGAUUUGGAGACAUGCUGAGUCUGAAACAAAACCUAAACACGGGUGUAGAGUACUUCUACUUUUGGUCAUUUUUGAUGACUGCAUGUUUCCAAAAGUCCUCAUUUCUACCCAAACACCCACAUUUAUGAUGAUUAGGUCUAAUGAGUCCUGGUGUGUCCCUCUCUGCGUAGUUAAGACCCUCUCAUGCACUGGUGAUGAUGAUUCGGAUCCAAAGCCUCUGCUGAACAUGUUUACUCUUACAAAUAUAACCUGCAUGCCAGAAUUAGGAAGGUACAUAUCUGACUUUUUCCUUAUACAGAUCUCCGUGCUGAAAAUCAUUUAUGUAAAAGGCAACAUCAGGGUUUUCUUACUUUAACUGCAGAAAACAGAAAACAUCGUAGAGCUAGAUCAAAUAGAUCAGCCCCACAGAGCCAACUAUUAAACCUGAUCUAGCCGUAUGAGUCAUUUUCAGAAUAAUUAUCUGAUUGUUUUAUUCUUUGGAAAAGUGGUCAUGUGCAGCAUGUUACUACAUGUGUUGGUAUGGAAAAGGAGCAACUGUGGAGAAUUAAAGGAGGUGGUUUGGAUUCUGAAAACCUGAAAGUGAAAACUCAAAUCAGGUGGGCACAGUUUUAACAAGAAAUCCAGCAAAAUGGCACAUCUGAGCUCAAGAAGAUAAGCAAAACAACUCAAAAGUGUUUUUUCUUCUGUUUUCUUUCUCUUUUUUUUGCUUUUGUCAAAGCUACAACUUGUUUUUUGUUUUGUUUCCGAAGCUAAGUGCCCGCAAUCCAAGUAAUUUUGGUGACUUUUUCUAGUCUUCUCAAUCUGUUUUUGCUUUUUACUCAGCUAGAUGACUCCACAGAUAGAGUGUUGUGUAGAUAGGGAUCAGGAUAAAGUGCAUUUCCUCACUUUUUUGAGGUAAUUUUCUGUGAUAUUUUUGAAGAUUCUGAACCAUCAGUUCAGGAGAUUGAAGGAUAUUGAAUUUUAUUUUUAUGUACUUUGGACAAAGCUUUACAAAGUAGUCAAAACCAGGUCUUUCUAAAACUUGUGUCAAAAUGAGAAUAUGACAGAGUUGCAUGGCAGCCUUUAUUUCCAAAGUAGGGCUGUCCCGAUAGGACAUUGAUAUCGGAUAUCGGUCCAAUAUUAGCCAAAAAACACACAUCAGAUUAUGUCAGCCUGCAUCAAAAAUCUCCGAUAUCAGUACUCUGAUACAAACAGUCCAUUCCAGACUCCACUCCAGCACCUCUAGCUAGCAGCGCCUGGAUCCAGCAAGCAGAUCCCACAUGAUCACAACGACAGUGUGUACUGAGGUACUAACAAAGUAGCAAGGAGUAGGAGUGAUGUCGGCUGUGUUGCAGUAUUUUUUCACUCAAGUCCGAAAAGACAUUGCAGCUGAGUGCAAAACUUGUCAUGCAAAAGUUUGUGCCAAUAUUGGAUCAAUAUCAGUAUCGGCCGAUACUGAAGGCUACAAAAUAAGUAUCAUUUCAGAAGUAGAAAAGUUGUAUUAGGACACCACUAGUUUAAAGUUCCCCUUGUGGAAAAGGAUCAGGAAACUAAAUCAGUGUACCUGCUGGGGUUUAAAAAGUCUUGAAAAAUCUAAAUUCUAAUGAUUUGAAUUGAAGGCCUUAAAAUGUCUAAAAUUCUCUUAAAAUCUUAUAAAAUGUCUUAAAUAUGAUUUUGAAAGGUCUUAAAAAUGUAUUAACUCUACUCACAAAAUAGAAAAAAUAACGUGCCAUAGGAAUAAAGAUUGAUUUGAAGAGUAGAGCUUCUGAUUUCAGAUCUUUUGCUCUUCAUUUUUGCCAUUUUGGAUGUUAAAUAGGUCUUAAAUUGUAUUUAUAAUGGUCUUAAAAAGGUCUUAAAUUUUACUUGUUGAAACCAGCAGAGACCCUGUAUACACAUAUUUAAAUUACAUCUAGAUUGAUGAUUAUUUAAAGCUCCUGUGAGGAGUUUUGAGUUUGUUCCCAGUGGACAACACAGUCUUUGCUUAUCCUGUUUGAGUCUUUUGACAAAAAAAGUCUUCUUGCUGACUUUUGACAGUCAACUCUAUCAUAGAGUAGCACUGCUCCCAAGCUGCUCUGCUGACACCUACCCCCUUGCACCAGUUUAACGUAUUAAAAAUAAGCAUAUGAAAUGGUUGAUCUUGUCACGGAUGGUUGAGUUUGCUUUUUGGAUAUCAUCAAAAACCAUUUACAAAAGUUUCAGUCUACUUCAUAAAUGUGAAAAAACUCCACACAGAAACUUUAAAUAAGAGUCAUCCUGAUGUUAGAGUCCUUUUGUGUAGCAGAUAGAUACAACCAGGAAUGAAUCCUCACGAGUAAACACUGAAAACGAAAAGAUUAUGAGGCAUCACUCUCCAAACUUUGGCCACUUAAGAGUUACAGUACAGGAAACGCUGACCCCACUUUGCUCAAACGGAAAGAAAACAAAAGGUAAAUCUUACUUAUUGGGUGUGCGGUUUGCUAACUAAAUCAAAAGGCCCCUGCUUGUCUCGAACGCACAAAAGUCUUUGAAGCUUCUGCAUUUUCAGAGAAAAAAGGGGGAAAAAAACAUUGGCUCCCGAACAAAAGGAAGAGUGGCAGUUGACGCUGGAUUCAGGAACUAACCUACAAGAGCCGGCUUGCUCCCGCACUCAACAACAAGCUAUCAAAAACAGGUCGCGCUACUUCCUGGCCAUAAAAGUUCGGUGUGAUUGAUGAUCUGUUUUAUGUUUGUUUUGACUGGAUGGAGUCCAGAUUUGCUGGACGGGGGACAGGCACAUGCAUGCCGGCGGAGGAAGCGGAGGAUGAAUAUGAGAGGGAGGCGGGGGCGGGGAGGAGGGGGGGGUGCUUUUGACUGAAAAGAAGUAAAAGUGUGUAAAUGUGGAGGUGGAUUUUCCCCUGCCGCACCCACCUGACAGGGAGUCAAUGCACAGACACACACAAAGUGUAAGGAGGGAAGAGUUUUCAAGGAUUAGCCGUGGAAGUGUGUCGCUCUCAUACCCACAUGUCCCUGAGUCAGGGUGUCAGGAGGUCACGGCCAGCCCUCCUCCUCCUCCUCCUCCUCCUUCCCCUCCUCCUUCCUCCUUCCUUCUUCCUCCUCCUCCUCCUCUGUCUGGAGAAAGAAAAACCUUUUCUUUAUUGAGAUAGCAAGUCCAAUAUCCGCCUACUUCUGCUUUGAGAGGAAAGGCAAACAUUUACUGAAGAAGUGAGUGACUAAGGAGCUUUGAGUUUGGAGAGCAAAGUCCCAUCCCUACUGAUGCAGCAAUGCCUCUUUUUUUUUUUGUGUUUAUUUAGUUAUAGUUCAGGCGGGUCAGGCUCAGCUGAAAUCUGCUGUCUGAGAUUUUUAUGGGCAUAGGUAGCGUCUGUGUAAUUUUAGACUGCUGGAGAUCAAGAUACUGUGAUACAACAUCCAGGUUCAGACUCAAGAUACUUCCAUGUUUGCCUGACGGAGGGAAAUGUUCUGCAACAUAGGACCCUCUUGAAAAACUUCAAGAAAGGAUUAAUAAGAAAUGCUCAUGAACUCAAGUAGACCUUUCUUUUCAUGCGAAGAACAAUAAGCAAUUGAGAUCUUAACUAUUCUGGUUUUCUAUGAGGCUGUGCACCGUUUCUAGCCGAACCUUCCUAUCAUGAACAUUUAUCCGAAUAUUAAAAGUCUGGGUGAUUAUAUUCAGGGGCGGUUGUUUUAGUUUUCUGUUGAGUGAGAGAGAGAGACGUUUACAUCCAGAGUGCUGCGAGUGUUAGUGAGACGUGACAGGGAGAAACCGUGAUGCUGGACAGGACCUUUCAGCUUCCCAGCAGGACGGACCUCAUUAACUUGUCUGGCUGCGAGGGGAAGUUGAGGGCUUCUGUACCGCAACAACGAAACUAGAUACCAGUGAUCUCAUCCUCCUCUUCUCUUCAUUCAUCCCAAGCGCUUAUGAGUUGCCUUGGCAACUUGUGCACUGUGUGUCAGUGAGUGUGUGUGUGUGUUGUUGAGCAGGAGCGGGGGCCUGAGAAUCCACAGAGUGAAAAUUAUGUGUCAUCAGAGAGGAUUAGGAGCCCACGGUUUAGUCAAGGGCUUGGGAUCCUGCUGCUGUCGUUCUUGAGGGUUUAAGUCAAUGUAAAUACUACUCAGAAAACACACACAAACAGGCUCUUACCAAGACUGGUGCAUUCAAGAGAGGCAGGGACGAACAAAGACGACCGACUUCUCCUACCUGCUCAAAAAUCUGUUAUCAAAUCUUGAGGAAAGAGUUCAGAUCUGUUCAGAGCGGUCGUAUGCAAAAGAUUGGUCUCACAUGGAUCCAGCUACUGUCAAGAUCAAAGUGAUACAAGAUCUGAUCUGAAAACCUUGAGACUCGUGGAAACUCGGGUUUGAAGGCUGAGGUGUAAAAUAAUCAGAGGGUACGAACUGCUGUUAAACCUCAUGAUUCAGAAGAAGUGAUUAAGAAAAGACAAAUGUCAACAACUCAGAUUUCAGGAUGAGCUUUAACUUGAUUCUGACGAGUCCAGAAAAUGAACACCUGUUUCUUAAAUAUUUGAAUGUCUGAUAUAGGGCUGGGCGAUAAAGUGAAACUUUGCAGAGACCGAAAUUUAUGUUCAUAACAGGCGUCAUCUUGCCCAUAUCAGUAUAUUCGGUAUCAAAAAAAUAAAUAAAUAAAAGUUGAUUUUGGAUGUGUGUAGGUAGGCUAUGGUCUCAUGUCCCUUUAAGACGCUGUCCUACGUCAGAGACGUGACUCCACCCAAUCCAGUCUGUUACAAAGAGGGAAAGACAGGUGAGGAGAUGGAGGACGGUUCAAAAGUUGGAGCGGCUGAAGUAGAUGAAGUUAAUGUGGGAGGGGGUGAGCAGCUUGUGGAGUAGUUAUCAUCCAUUUAUCGUUAUCGAGGUGAACUGCUCAAUAUAUCGUGAUAUUGAUUUGAGGCCAUAUCGCUUAGCGCUAGUCUGAGGGAUGUAAGAAAAGUAGCAAGACUUUGAUUUCCAGCUUUAAAUCAGACUUAUCAGUCAGUGAAUGCAGCAUUAAUACUUGGAAAGUAAGUCUGAAUAAUUUCCACAAGAAAGGGACAAAAAAAAGUUUAAAAAUAAUAAAUUGAAGUUUGUAAAUUUGAUCUGACUUUUGAAAUCAGAAAAAAAGUGAAAUAAGAAAGUGUCAGAUAAAAAAAAAGGUAUUUCCUAGAAAACAACAACAACAAUGUGCAAUGUGAUAUCGGCAUUAUAUAUCAACCACCUGCUCUAUUAUCAGUAUCGGCAUCAGCCACUGAUAAACUGAUAUCUGUCAAACAUGAAUAAUUUACUUUAUAUUUGUAUUUUUCCUAGAAAAUAUACUGAUCAGUUAUUUAAAUCAUAUGGGAAAUUAUGGUGAGCUGACAGGUCACAUUUAGAAGAUGAAAUGCUGAAUGAAAAGAAGCUCUGUUAUUAUAAUCAUUAGCGGGUUAAUAUUGGGGUCCCAGUUUGUGACUUUACAUCCCAUAAUAGAUGAAGCGUUCAGGCUGGACUUUGUAAACUCUCUGAAGAAGUCAAAGAAUCAGUUAUGAGCAGGAAAUCUGAGAUGGGCAGAGCUUGAUGUCCUUCUUUGUGAUUUUUGAGGUCCUGUCUUCGUACUCGUUUCUCUUCCUGUUUUCUCCUCUCGUUGUUUGAUCCUCUUCUUCCUGCUAUUUCUGAUUUUCCCUUCUUUCCUCUCCUCGCUCUUUCCUUUCUCUGUCCACUCUUCCUUUUCUCAUGUCUGUCUUGGCUCUUACUGUUAAUAAUCCUCCGGCAUCACUCUCUAACCUUAACACAGGAAGUUUCCUGUGCUGAAACAGAGCCCACGCUGGAUUGCUUCCUGCCAAAGUGCGUUGUGGGACACGUUUGUUUGGGCCCCCUCCCCUCCUCUUCCUCCUCCUUUCUCCUCCCCCCCUCCUCCCUUCUGCUCCCCUUCUAACUUCCUCCUUUGGGCUCUGUGCAGAUGGCUGUGGCCGGCAGACCGGAUCUCGGAGGGGUUUUGGCAGAGCAGCGCCUCUCUCCGGCCCCGGAGAGAGCAUACCGCAGCCAUGACCCCGUGACCCGGACUGCGCUGCUGCCCGCCUCGGCCUCGCGGCUCUCACAAGUCAGCCACGAGAGACAAAUGUACAGCUGGUGCAGGCUGUGCAGAUGGCAGUUUGAUUCAAUAUUGAUAGAAAGUCAAUGGAGGAGUCAGUCGGUAGUAUUCUGACAUCUAUUCUUGUGGUGUAGUGCAGUUAAAAUGAAGCCCGUCUGUCUCUGUGGCGAUAAAAUCCUCUCUUUCUGCCUCUUCUUUUAUUCCACUUGGUCUUGGCAGAUGGUUGUUCAGCAAUGAGUCAGGUCCUGCUGCAGCUUUCUGCCUAUUUAAACCGAACAAUUUAACCAUUGUCUUUCAGCUGAUUCAUUCGGCCAAUAAGGUGACGCUAUUCGAAAAGUUGGACACCGGUUUGGCCAAGUGGUUAAAGUGUGCACCAUAUACAGAGGCUGUAGUUCUUGAAACUUGAAGCCCUUUAUCCUGUAUCAUCCCACACUGUCUCCCCAGUUCCCUACCUGACACACACCUCCAUACAGGCUAACCCCCAAUUUCUACUGCAUCUAGAAUGGCUGCUAAAAGGCCGUAUGUGCCGAUUGCAGCUGAUCGUUUCCAUCCAAGUUAAUGUCUGCAGCCGAUCGCCAGAGUUCUGUUUUUUCCAGACACCACAGCAUGCCGCAUAAAUUCAGCACAGACUAGUCUACGCUGGAAAGGAAGUCGAGCACAGACACAAAAUAAAACAUCCGGCUUCUUUUCAAAAUAAAACACCACAGGUGGAUCGUAUUUCACACCAUGCAAACGUGCGGGGACGAACAAGUGAAAGGUUUUCAGAUUUUAUUUCACCCCACUGACACCACGGAUGAGGAGACGCUCAUUCUAGAAGUCUAGAAGUGGAUUUCCUCCUCUGGAAGGAGGCUGUGGCUGUCUUAUGUGGCUGUCUUUAUAAAGACAACUCGUUAUUGUGCGGUUGCAUGUGAAUUCGCGGGUUCUUGUGAGUUUUCGCGACUCCCGCUAUCCGAAAUCCACCACAACAUUCGCCUCAAAAAUGCAUUCAAUAGGAAUUGGCGGAUGGCGAAAAUCGCUGCUGUUUCAUAGCGAAGCCAUUCCGGAUGCAGUGAAAAUUGGGGGUUAAACUGAGUCCUUUUUCGUCUUCAUCCACAAUGAGAGAACUGUUUUGCAGGAUUUAGCAAAUUAUAUUGACAAAGACAAACACCGUUCAAACAGGCAGAAACCUCGAGCAGAACCAGAUCACGAAAUUCUCUUGGGUUUUCUGCACUCUCAUCUUGUGGUGUGUGUCCCACUUUAUCUGUCAACAAAUAUUCUAAAUUUAAAUAUAUAUUCGAAUAUAAAAAAAAAAAAAAGAGAUUCAAAUGUGAAAAUCAACGUUUGAAUAUUAAAUAAACAACGAGAAAGAAAGAAAAAAAACAGCAUCUGCCUUGUGAUUUAGCGCACUGUAUUGACGGGUUAGGGGCAGAUCACAGGAGCUGCACCUGCUGUGAGACUCGACAAAAACCGUCGGUGGCACAUGGAGAGAGAGAUGGCGGGAUGUUUGGAGUCAAACUCAGAGAGAGGGGUCUGGACUCCAACGAACUUUAGAAGCUCCGUUUGGAAAUUCUUCGGAUUUUGGGCAGACAUGGUAGACAGAAAAAAUGCUGAGCAAGAUAAAGUUACAUACAAGCUGUGUAAGCUAGAUAUUCAAAUAUGUUCGAACCUUUGUGUUAUUUUUAGGACGAAUAUUCAAACGUCAUUUUGGAGCAAUUUUGACAGCCCUAAUCUGGACUGUCACACCGAGAAGCUCUUUGCUUUCAGAAUCAGACAAAUAGAGUUAAAAAUUAUCGUCUUCAUCAAGUGUUAUCGGGAAAUUCAAAGAAGUGAAAGGUAUCGAGGCCACGCCAUGAUUUUACUGACUGAUACUUUAAAAAGAGUUGACAGCAGAAAAAAAAGGAUAAACAAAACUCCUUAUCUGCCCACUGUGAGCUCCUGUGGGUGUGAAACACCUGUAUCUCAUAUCCCGGGAUUCUUGUCCACACACUGAGGGUCAGGACUUGGCAGGCUGCGAGCUGUGCGUCAGAUAACCAAGGCCAUCCUGGGCUUAUCGGCCGCGGCUCGCGCCAGUAUCUGAAUGUUGAGGACGAGGAGGGAAAGGAAGAAAUGGGAAUCUGACAAGCCGGGCAGGGUUUCAUUUUAUAUUGAUUGCUCUUUCUGAAAACUUCCUCUCUGUGUGACGGAUCGGGGAGGGGAGGCCUGAAAUCGAGCAUAAGGUUCCUAUUACUUGUGUGACAGUGACAUUGGCGGCCAAAGAUAACAGCUGUCUGACUCCCAGAGGAAGUGUUUGAGGGCAGGCGAUAAGUAAGACGUAAGAGAGGAAUAGCUGUGCUGCGUGUGGGUGUCGUGGAUGUUGUGUGUGUGUGUUGUGUGUAUGUUUCAAGAGAAAGAGAGAAGGAGGUGAGACUGAGUCAUGCUGAAAAGGGUAUAAAAAAUGUUUUAACCACAAUGUUAUAACCCGUUGUUUUACUCGAAGGAUAAACGCGGCACUUUGUAAAUAAAGUCCUUCAGAUUUUUCUCCCUUUACACAAUCUUCUCUCGAUUGCUUGUAAACGCUCGUUGCUCACCAGUGCAGAUGUUUUACACUCCUGUUCCCACGGCAAUGAAAAAAAAACAUUCAGUGUGCGAGGGAGGCGGAAAAAAAAACAGAUACUGUCAUUUCUGUUUCCUUUGCUCUCUCUCUCUCUCUCCCUCUCUGUGUCCUUUUCUGUUUCCUUACAAACUAAUAAACUGUCCGUCUGUCUUCUGAUGUGUCCGUCUGGAGUCAAGAGAGUGAGGAACAGAGCAGAUCAGAUCAGAUAACCGUCUGAGCGUCUCUCUCUUUAUUUUAUCCUUGAUUUAUUCGGUAUUCUUCGCCUUAACCCGCCAUCUUUUAAUCUUUUAUUCUAACCUCCUCUCCCCAUCUGACUCUGUCUCCUCCUUCAUCUUUUUUCUUUAUCUCCGCUGCCGUUCCCGUAAUCACUCCCUCCUUUUGGCUUUUAUCUCCACUUCCUCAAUAUCCUUUUUGCUGCCUCUGCCUCCUUCCUUCCUCUCCCCCCUCCUCCCAUCUCCUCCAACCUACCCUCCUUCCUGCCUUUCCUUCGUUCUUCCUUCCUCGCCCCCCCCAACCCCUCAUCCGUCUGCCACUUCUUCUUCACAGAUCUCAUUCUUCUCUUCUCCCCCCCUUCACCUCCACUUUGUUGCUUUAAUUUAAAAAUGAAACUGUGAUUGUAACUUCCUUUCCUUCCUCUCGCCCCCUUCCCCAAAUUCUUCCAUCCUCCAGGUUUGCAGCCGGUGUUUUGGAGCAGGGAGGAUGUGGCUCAGUGGCUGCGGUGGGCUGAGAAGGAGUUCGCCCUGCGGCCGAUAACCAGCAGCUCUUUCCAGAUGAACGGCAAAGCCCUGCUGCUGCUCACCAAGGAGGACUUCCGCUACCGAUCCCCGCACUCUGGUACUUUUCUAUUUCCACCUUUUUAAGAAUUUCCUGAAGACCUUUUUUUGAAGGCUGGACAAAAUUGAGCCCAGAAUUGAAAAACUGAAGCAAACUAAAACGUCACUUGUAAAACCGAAAGACUUUUCAAAGAGGACACCUUAAAAUUGAAAGAUGGUUUCUCAUAACCACAUUUUAUCAGGGGUAACACUUUUUUGAGCCACUUCCCUCUUUGCUUUGUGGUCUGGAACUGCUUCAUAAUUUACAAGUACACAAAAAAACACGCGCCGACGCCGUUUUAAAAUCAAUGUGUUCGCCACCAAACGACAGCCUUUAAAAAUCAAUAAAGUCAGCUGGAGCAGAGGAGGGAGAACGGCGGUGUCAGGCGACAGAGGAGGGAGGCAGCUGUCACAGCGAGGCUGCCGGUGGGAGGAAGUAGGAGACGGUUCAUCAGGAAGUACAAACCACCCUCAACUGUUGCCCCGGCAACGCCAGCAGCGAGAAACAUGACGAUAAGUUAGAGGCACAAUUUGACGCGGUUUGGACUUAGGGUCGUGUCAGUGAGGUGUGGUUCGGUUUAGGUGUCACUAGAGCGGGAUGAGAUGAGUGAUCAGUGAUGAGACUUCAGGUCAAACCCUCUACAGUCCAAAACGUGUAGGAGGUUCAUGAUGAGAUGUUUCAAAUAAGGAAUAACAUGAUUAUUCAGACGCAUCCGAAAAUGAUGUCAGGAAAGUGGACAGCUGACAAAACAGUGGUGCUGUGUCGUUUGCUAACGGUUUGUUCAAAAGAACCGAGUCUUUAAAGUGAACGUACUGAACUGAAUCACUUCCGAGUGAUUCGUUCGUUUCUCACUUCAGUUGAGCUGAAGUGAGAAACAGCAUUGCCAGGCCAGCAGCCGGCGAACGAGGGACCACAUGCACCGAUGCCUGAAUCACUUGGUGAACGAAUCACACAUUGAACUUCACUCUCUGGAAUCAUUUUUCUUGGACAAAACUACCUUUUUUUUUUACCGCUGCAUUGCCACCACAACAACCUGCAUACAACAGGACACAGCAUGUAAUAAGUAGUGCAUUAAACCCACAGCAUCCUAUUGCUGCAGUGGAUUGCGAGGGAACGGUGCAUGUUGCAGCAGACGUGAUAAAUGGCAUACCAUAGGAUAGUGCACUUUAAACAUCAUGAUUUAUAAACAAGUUCAUUUUUACAAACCUGUUUGCCAAAGUAACACAACCAAACACUCGUCACCCGGUCCUAGAAACUAUGAAUUGAACUGAAUCCUGAACCGUUCAGCUGUGUAUCAGUUCAGGAGGUCAGAGUCACAGGCUUCUCCUGCCAAGCACUAAAUGAUUCUGUGAUUUGGUGAACGAAUCUUUUGAACGAAUCUUCUUAGUGAACUGAUUCUAGUGAUUCAGUACAUCUAAAAGAACUGCUCUGCCCAUCACUACAAAACAAUCAUGUAAAUUAAAUUAAAAUGUUAAAACACUCUCCUAACAUCUAAACUGUUGAUGGUAACUCUGAAUUUUCUUUUAUUUCAAUCAUUUUUUAAAUUAUUUGCAAAUAAAAGUUUAAAGCUCCUGUGAGGAUUUGGUUUUUUUUUUGCUGUUUUUGGCGCCCCCUGUGGAGAAAGCAGGAUUUGCUUAUGGUCAAAUUUAUCAUGAGGUUAUUACUUUCUUGUAAAAGAUGCAACAACAGGAGUGUUUCUGAACCAUUUGCGGUCACUAAAACAACAAAUGAAAAUUCAUCAGUUGUCUCACUGAUGGGUCUUUUUUGUGCUUUUUUUUUAUAACAUAAGAAAAAACAUCAAGAAGAAUUUUUAUAUAUUUCAUUAAUGUUGAAAAACUCCUCACUGGAGCUUUAAUGUGGUCAAAAAAGACAUCUAUUAUAAAAUCUAACCUGAUGGAGCUGCUGUGAGGUUGCUGUUUGUUCUCACACUUUCACCUUAAAUCCCAUCUGAUCAGUCCUGAUUUAACCCAAAUCUGUAUUUUUUUUUUUAGAAGUUUUAUUCGUCAGAGAGAGAAAAUCAAAUUUGUUCUGUUUGCGUGCGUCCUUCGAUCAGAUAUCCCUUCAUGUCCCUCUUUGAAAUUUAUUUGAUUUUGAGAAAAAACCCACAGAGACAAACAGCCCAGCUGACAGCUGUUGUCAAACUCGUCUCUGGAUGUUUCCAUCUCAGCUCUGCGAAGACUUUUCACAUCCUGUCGAGAACUUAAUUUCUGGAUAAAAAAGCUGGAAAUGCUGAUUCAUCCUCUGCAGGUUUUAUCAGACAAUCUGAGCCCUUUAAUGUGACCCUCACUGGGAUAAUCUUGCCUAAACUUGUAACUCUGCAGCUGUGACGUUCCUGAUCACAUUGUUUGGUUUUGUAGUGAGGAUAUCAUUUUAAGGAACAGAGCAGAUUCUUACACAUGUGAUCCGCCUUUUUUGUCGAGGGGGAAUUCAGGGGAUCACUUCCUAUCAGUCCCUGCCUUGCGCCAUAUUUUAUUUUGGUUGCAGUCCAACAACAAAACACACCCCUCUUUGAUUUCCAAACAUCAUUUUCAGUAACCGGCUGAAUAGUCUGUGACGCUGUAUUGCACCUCUAUGUGUUGACCUUCAUAUGUUUCAUGUGAAAAAAACAACUCAAAGGGGUGUUUCAUGACGCAAUAAUGACUGUGAGAGGUUUUCUCAAAGUUCCCUAGAAUUAGGCUUUGGAAUGAUAAUGAUUCAUUAUGAUGGAGCGUAACUUUAGAGAAGUUUUAGAGAGAGUUUGAAGUUUAAGAAAAGUGUUUUAAAUCCACAUAUAAAACUUUUAUUUGUAGGGAGCAGGAAUUUUACAACUCAGAAACUGAGAAGUGAAAGAGUAAGCAUGUGCUCAAUAUUACUUCCUUUACUGGAAUCAUUUCUUUGUCAUAAUCGAGAGUUAUCAGAUUAUCGCCAUGAAAUGUUUAAUGUGAAAGUCAAACUCACUGAAGCUCUGGGUCAAAUGUUAACAAUACAAACUCUCCUUCAUGCUGGAAGUUGAGCCGUGGUUAUCGACGUCCAGGGGGAAACAAACAGCUGUUAAUCAUUCAGUGAACUUCCUGCUCCGGCUUUGUGCCUGGUGUCACCACUACAGUAUCUCCACUUAAAGGAGAAUACCGGAGUCGUGUGGAGCUACGGUCCAUUUACUCAAGUCAGUGUGGAGUUUAAGCUGUCUGCUAAGUAGCCAACAAUGCCCUGUGUACUGUAGGAAUGUAGAUUUUAUUGAGCAUGCUGUCCAAGCUAAAGAGGAAAUUUGACCUCACUGGUAUAAGACUUUAUUAAUCUUUCAAAAUUGCUAAGAAAUAUAUUUUUUCAAUGUUCAGAGAAACAUACACUAAGGUCAAAUAAUAAAGAUAAAAAUAAAUGACUUAUAAAAAAAUGAUAUAAAUCGUGAAAGAAACAAAACAAACACAUUUAAGGACAACAGUCCACAGCAGAAUUUAAAGCUCCUGUAAGGAAAUUUUUUGUGUCAAAGAAAUGGACUAAAAUUCACAUUAAUGUCAUGUCAUGAUAUUAACAAGCCAAUAAGACCAUCAGCAAUGAGAUUGAUGAUUUUUUAGCAGUUUUAAAGAAAAAGAUAAGAGGAGGUAGAUUUUAGCUGAGCAGCUGAAGAAAAACCUUUUUUUUUAUUAUUAUUUUUGCAAUUUUCCAUCUAAAAUAUUCGCAAAAAUAUCAGCAGGAUGAGAUUUUUUAGGUCAAACAUCACAAGGCAGGCAAAGACUGCUUUGUCCUCCAAAACUGACACAAACUGAAACUUCCUCACAGGAGCUUUAAUCAACAACAACAACAAAAGAAAAAAAGAAAAAAAAUUAAAAAAUAAAAUAAAAUAUAACAAGCAUGUAAAAAAUCGACAAAAAUAAAUAAAUUUGUGAAAAAAAAAUAGUAAAAAAAAAUAAAAACAUGACAGAAGAGCCCCAGAAGUAAGGUAUGUGUGUGAUUUAAGAGUGGACAGGUUGAUGGUUUGAGUCGUAAAAGAAGAAUGUUUAAAUCUCACAUCUGCCUCAAAGGCACAGUAAGUGGUUUUUAGCUGCUGUCAGCAGAACAGACUUGGUUGAGAUGGAACAAAAUGUUCAUAAAUCUCUACCUUUAACACCCUCCUUUCAAACUUGUGACAUACAUCUUUUGGUAUUUGUCUGCCUGAUAUAAAAGUCUCAUUUCUACACACUGUAUCACUGAAAGGAAAUGUGACAUUCUGGGUUAAAUUUGAUCCAUAAUUUUUCUCUGUUAAAAACUUCUUGCCCUGGAUGUGCGGAUGGCCAAGUUGGUGGGCACAUGCAUGAGGACAUCAGCAGUGGCCAUGGGUUUGAUUUCGACCCCAACCAUGUGUUGCAUGUCCUUUCUUUCUCUUUCCACACUGUCCUAUCAAUAACGGCAAAAACUGCCCAAAAAUACUUAAAAAACAAACCUUUUGGCCCACUACUACUACCCGUUUGUACUAAUACAUCCAGUAUGCCGUGACACUGCUCCUGAGAUCGUCACUGACUUUUCCAGUCUUGCUCAAGCUCCCUGCUGCCUGGAAAGCAAAAAGGAGAAGAAGAAGAAGAAGGAGGUGGAGGAGGAGGAGAGGAACAUGAUUCUGUGGAUGACGCCAAAGCUGAUUUCCCAUUUUAUGAAGUUGUAAAUACUACCAGGGUGCGCAUGCUGACCUCUGACCUUUGUAUCUCUGCAGGGGAUGUCCUGUAUGAGCUGCUGCAGCACAUCCUGAAGCAGAGGAAGCCUCAUGUGUUUUACCCGUCUGCCUACUUCCCCGGGAACUCCUUCCACUCGCUGCCUGAGAGCGCUCUGCAACACCUCAAGCUUGAAGGUCAGUUUAAUAAACGUGAUUUUCCACUUUAAGUGACUGAAAUACUGCCUGGUAGGUUUUUAGGCUUAAGCAGGUUUUAUUACCUUCACCGCUCUGCUGAGACAAGGACGUGCAGCCUCUGAUAGGUCAGAUGAUUGAAAAUCUGAUUGGCUAACAGACUAUGGCAAAGAUGGACAGUCGGUGAACAUGAGAAAUCUGAACAAAAACCAUCACAGCUCACUUUUGUUUUCAGUCUCUGAGGAUAGAGCGAUUUAGCUGCCUGUCUCACGAAACAAGUAGAUUUUACAGUAGUCAGUAUCAGCUGUGUUUUUAGGGCUGAUAUUAUUGAUCCUUUGUCGACAUUUUGCCGACUCUCUUUCACGAUGUAUCAUGUAAUUAUUUCUUGAGGCACAAGGAAGUAAAAGGAAGGUAGCAAUAAGGAAACAGCUUAGCGUAAAGGCGAACGAUGUCUGUGGUUUCGAACUAUUUGGAACAAGUUCUGAUCUGGAACCGGUUUUUGAUCUCCAUCUUUGGUAACAUCCAAACCGAAAGAGCAAAAGGUUACUGCUACAAAGGAAGCAAUUAAAAGUGCCACCGCCACCUGUGGUUUCCAAAUUCUUUAAGGCGUGGGUGUCCGUGACGCUAAAGGCGAAGUAUGACUCAGCAUAAUUUCUUUUUUUGUUGCUCUAGCGGCAUCAACACGCAUAAGUAGAACAUCACUGUGGUCAAAAAUGCUGCAGCAACAAGUCCGUCUUUGCUACGAUUUGGCUGAAUAUGAAGCUAGAAAGAUAACGAAUCAUUAGGACCAGAUGUCAUUGCAAUUCAGCGUGUAGUCUAAAUUUACCGCCUUCUUUUACAUACAUUUGAAUUAUUUUUACUCAGACGGGAAAAACACAAGAUAAACAAUGACAGAUACAAAAAAUCCACACACACACACACACACACACACACACACACACACACACACACACACACACACACACACACACCCUCUGCACCCUUUAUCUGGAAGCCACAAAGUAUGAAAUACCCGGGAAUCUCUGAUCAACAAAAUAUUUGACUUAUAUAGGCCAAGAAUUCUCAGAGAAGUCAGAGAAGAUAUCAAACGAUGGACAGUCCUACGUCCCUGUCAUUGUGUGGCAGAGCAGAGGUAAUAAAAAUGAACUUACUGCCUAGACCACAGGUGUCAAACUCACGGCCCGGGGGCCGAAUCUGGCCUGUGGAACAAUUAUAUCUGUCCAACAAGAUUAUAUCAUAUUUGUAUUAUUAUUGGCUCACUAGUAUGAAGUCUGCAGAUUUUCUCCACUAUAAUAAUGUAAACUUUAGCACCAUUAUUUAAAAUGUUCUUAAUAAGUGAAGAAGAUCUGGGAAAUUAAAGAGUAAGAAAGAUUUGAUAAAUAGUCAAGAAGGUGAGGGAAAAAAUAUUUGGUGUUUUAUUUCAUGUUUUUACUUUUGAAUUUCAAGAUUACAAGUCAAACAUGAUUGGAUUUUUUAUUUCAUGCUUUGAUUUUGUUCAGCUCAGUAUUUAGACUUUUUUUAUACUUUAGAUUCCAAUUUUAAAUUGUAAGUCAUAUUUUGACUCAUGUAUUUGCUCUUUAAAAGCAUUAUUUUUCUAUUUUUAAUAUCAUGCUCUUAUCUUUUGAACUAAUAAAUAAAAAUAAAAUAAAAAAUAAAAAUAAAAUAUAUUUUUUUCUAUUUCAGAUUGCCUUUAAACUUAUCUUUUUUAUCUUUUUUUGAAUUUCCAAAUGAUUUAUAAUCACUGCUGUUUUUGUUACAUAUUUUUUUUAAAAGCAGUUUGACAGUUUUGGUGAAAUGUUGACCCUGUUUGGCCCUCAGGUUAGACCUAAAUCCAGAUUAUGGCCCCUGCUGUGGUGGAGUUUCACACCCCUUGCCUAGACUCUCCUUUCUGUUAGCAGCCUUGCCAGAACAUAUCCCUCAUCAGUGGUUUGAAGAAAUUAAUAACUUGUUCUCAUGUUUUCUGUGGCAUGGAAAUAAACCCAGAAUUUAUCGUAAAAAAUGAACCAUGCACAGGAAAAAGGUUGGCCUUGGUGUUCCAGAUGUCUAUCGUUAUUAUUUGUCAUAUAAAGCCACCACUGAAUGUUUAGUGCACAGAGAAAGUUCACAUCCUGGACUGACUAAUAUAGAUAAUCUGGAUCUUCAACACACUUUGAGAUGAUGUUCAUGUGAUCAUUUUCUCUAUUUUCAAAUAAAGACUUCUGUGAUUAAAAAUGUAGAUAAUGAAAAGUUCAUGUGAGUGAUUCAGGUUUCAAGACGAUGUACGUGCAGUGCAGCGGUCGACCUCACAGUCAGCACAGAUGACUUCACUUUCAGCCUCUUGUGUUUUUUGUUUUUUUUUAAGUUGCACUGCAGGAAGUAAUAACGGCGUUUGGUUAAAAUACCUGAGCCUGUCUGCUGGCUCUGAUGUGAGGAAAUGUACCACAGUGACAAACAUCAGAACUUCACCUGUUCAAAGAAAAACCUGUUCCACGAGGAAAUACUGCUUUGUUUAAACACGGGACAGGACUUUUAACCACAGAGAGCUCCGGUAGCUCGGUGUUCUAAUCACUUUGCUGGUAUUUUUACUGAAAGUCUUCCUCAUUUUUGAAAUGAUGUUCUUGUGAUAAAAAAGAUAAAGCUCGAAAUUUACAGUAAUUGAUUGGGAAUGCUGUUAAAACCUCUCUAAGCUGGUUGUAGGACGUGAGUGACAUCUUGUGGUCGUCUAUGUGAAGUUAUUGUACUAGAAAGUCAAGCACUCAUUUUAAAGACGUGCCUCUUGUUUCAUCUGUGAAGUGGACGGAUCAGUGUAACCCCCAAUUUCCACCACAUCCGGAACGGCUACAAAAAGGCCGUAUCUGCCGAUCGUAGCCAUUCAAGUUAAUGUGACAAUUUUCAGCGGCUUCUUUUCGUUCCGUUGUGGCUCGCCGAACUCCAAAGCUGAUCGCCAAACUUCUAUUUUGUCUGGAGCAUGCCGGAUAAAGUUAGCGCAGAUUAACCCGUGCUGGAAAGGAAGUCGAGCACAGACACAAAAUAAAACAUCCUGCUUCUUUUCAAAAUAAAACACUCCGUUUAUUUCACAUCAUGCAACCGGGCGGAGACAAACAAGUGAAAGGUUUAAAGACAGCAUUUCACCCCAAUGACACCAUGAAUGAGAAGAUGCUGAUUCUAGAAGUCUAGAAGUAGAUUUUCGCCUCUGGAAGAACACAAUCUACUGCUUAUAUCAUUAACCUUUGUGGCUAAAGACAAAUUGUUAUCGCAUGAUAGCACAUGAAUCCGCGGGUACUUGUGAGUUCUUGCGAUUCCUGCUGUCCUUAAUCUGCCAUGAAAUUUGUCUCAUGAAGGAAUGGUAGGAAUUGGCGUACUGCGAAAAUCCGAGCCAUUCCAGCUGUGGUGGAAAUCCCAGGUAAAGGUUGCAGAAAUUGUAAUUAAAGCAUGUUUUUAUCUCUUUUUGAAUCCAGAAACGGUACGACGGGGACCGCGUGGUACAGAGUCCCUCACCCAGCAUCCACCAACCAUCGAGCUGCGGCACCGCUCACGCUCCCCCCAUCAUUCCAACCCCAGGCAAUCCCCUCCAGACCCGAACAAUCCCCGCCCGACCAGUGAGGAAUCUCUGCAGACCUUCUCUCAGCUACCUGAUAGCAACCACCACAUGCCUGAAGACAUGUACCCCCUGUCCGUUUCCCCCGCUGCACCCAACGGUCGCUGCGCUACACCCCAGGAAGCCCCAUGCCCGGGCAGCCCUGAGGGCCAGGAGGCGGGCUCUCCUCGUGUCAUUCAGCUCAUGCCCAGCACCAUCAUGAACCCCUUGCUCCUCAGCCCCAGCAGGAGCGGUGGAGGUGCGGCCUUGGACUUCAGGCACGGUCGGGGUGGACCUCAGUCUCAGGCUGCACUGGAAAACGGCCGUUACGCGGGGAAAGUCCACAGCUACCACCACCAGAUACCUCUGACCCAGCAGCAACAGCAACUACUGCAGCAGCAGGAGGAGGGGGGGCUCUACAGGAACCACGUCAUCAUCCCCGUGUCUCCUCCAGACGAUCAACAGAUACCCAUCGGACGGAUAGCAGGUCAGAAACAGCCUCUGAAUGUACCUGUCAGAGCUUCACAAAGUACCCUCUCUAUUUGUCUCACUGUGUUCCUCUGUGUGUGUGUGUGUGUGUGUGUGUGUGUGUGUGUGUGUGUGUGUGUGUGUGUGUGUGUGUGUGUGUGUGUGUGUGUCUCCACAGACUGCAGGCUGCUCUGGGACUAUGUCUACCAGCUCCUGUCAGACAGCAGGUACGAGAAUUACAUCCGCUGGGAGGAUCCGGAGAGCAAAGUUUUCCGCAUCAUGGACCCCAAUGGUCUGGCCAGGCUCUGGGGCAACCACAAGGUAAACACUCAGUCAGGAAAGAAACACAUCUAUUUAUCAUCAAUCAUAUUCGAGUCACAGUUUGUGUUUGACUGCAGACUUAAGCUGAGCUGCUGUUUGGAAGCCUGUAUAAUACGAUUAAAGGGUUAUUGCAACAACUUUUUCAUGCCUUUCAUGUUUGUAGUUCAUGCUUUAAAGCUGCCUAAGUCUUUUGCCUUUAUGAAUGAAUGAAUGCUGCUGCCCUUUUUAAUCACCUUUUAUUCAAUAUCUAAAUCUCUAGAUAUAGAUCCAGAGCCUUUAAGCCUCUUUCAAGUCUUUGUUUGGACUACUAAAGGACCAAAAAAAAUAAAUAAAACAGUUUUUUAGACUGAGAGAGUGGGGGAAAAAAAGUUGCUUUUAGCUUAUUAUGGAGUUUUUCCUUCACCUAGUGGCCAAGUAUGGAAGUAAAUCUGUGCCAUCUGAUUCUGAAUUUGAACUUUUAAAGCUGAUUUUUUUUUUUGCAUCAAAAUCAGACUUUGAAUUUUAAGCACGCAUUUUUAUUUCUGACAAUAUUUUUUUCACAAUAAUGAAAUAAAUUCAGUGUAAAAAAAAAAGUCUCUCAAAAAUAUUUGGUUAGUAAAAAUUCAACUUAAAAAACUGUAAAAAAUAUUCAACAUAAAAAAAAAAUUUGAUGUCAAAUAAUUCAGUGUAAAAAGCAGACUCAUCAUCCAGGUAACCAGGGAGAAGCAAUCGAUUCCUGGCUUAAUUGUGCAUCGUCCAGCCAAUCAAUUAAUGCUAGAUUGGUCAUGUGGCACCAACCCCAGAGGAAGAUUGAAUCCAAUCGAUUGCUUUUCCCUGGUUACCUGAUAUUGAGUCAGUCUCUUUUACACUGAAUUUUUUGACACUAAAUUAUUUGACACUUAAUUUUUUUUAUAAGUUGAAUUUUUUUACACAUUUUUUUAGUCAAAUUUUCACUAAACGAAUAUUUUGAGAGACAGAUUUUUUUUUUUUUUUUACAUUGAAUUUAUUUCAUCAUUGUGAAAAAAAACUAGUGUCAGAAAUAGAAAUACGUGCUUGAAACUGGAUGGUUUUGAAAUUCAAAGUCUGAUUUUGAUGCAAAAAAAAAUCAGUUUGACAUAGAGAUUGAAAAGGUGCCAGACUGUAAAACUGGAUCGUUAUAAUAAGUGAGUCUUUGGUUCUUUUACACUGUACAGAAUCGGACCAACAUGACGUACGAAAAGAUGUCGCGAGCACUGAGACACUACUACAAACUGAACAUCAUCAGGAAAGAGCCCGGACAAAGACUUCUAUUCAGGUAAAUCAGCUCAAAGACACCUUUUUGAAAAAAUCUUGAAGGGCUGUUUAAUAACUGGAUAUUUCUUUGUCUUGUUUCACCAGGUUCAUGAAAACUCCAGAUGAGAUCAUGAACGGACAGAAGGACCGGUUGGAGCACCUGGAGCACGCCUCAUACGAACAAAGCUUCAUCAAAGAGGAAUGCCUCGAGACUCCGGGAAAGAGAGGCCAAGAACUUCUUCCUUCUACUACUACAGCCGCUGAUGCCUUUAAGAAGGAGCCCGAACAAUCGGCCUUGAAUAUGGAGCCGGUGGGUGUCCACUCGUAUCAGUCGGAGCGACGCGACAUCUGAUUCCUCGUUAAGUUUGCGUUCGGGACGAAACUUUCAUGAAGCGAAAUCAGCAUCAGAUGUUUUGAUUCUCUGGAUGGACUGCGCUGAAAGGACUUUUAAAUGUUCCCUUUUCUUUCUGAAUGAACUGCAAAAGCCAAUCACUUUGUGCUUAUGUCACUUUUAUAAAUUUUAUCGUCUCCUCACAUGCAUUAUACUGCAAAUUUUUGCUGUUUGUAAAAAAAAAAAGUUGGGUGUGUGCGUGUGUGACAGGAAUGUUUUCACAGUGGAAUAAACAUUUUUGAUCAAACUGUA